UCGCCUAUGGGAGGCGUCGGGUCACUCCAGCUGAGCCCCGAACUGCCCCUACCUCUCGAGAGGGCAGGGGUCCGAGCGAUCAGUGUCGCCACACAGGGAUGGGAAGCAAGGAAGAUGCGGGCAAGGGGUGUCCGGCGGCCGGCGGCGUCUCCAGCUUCACCAUUCAGUCCAUCCUGGGCGGGGGCCCCUCGGAGGCGCCACGGGAGCCCGCCGGCUGGCCGACCAGGAAGCGCAGCCUGUCCGUGUCCUCGGAGGAGGAGGAGCCGGACGACGGCUGGAAGGCACCCGCCUGCUUCUGCCCAGACCCGCACGGCCCCAAGGAGCCCGGCCCCAAGCACCACCCCCCCAUCCCCUUUCCUUGCCUGGGCACCCCCAAGGGCAGCGGAGGCGCGGGGCCGGCGAGCUCGGAGCGCACGCCUUUCCUUUCUUCGCACCCAGACUUUAAGGAAGAGAAAGAGAGGCUCUUGCCCGCGGGUUCGCCGUCGCCGGGGCCCGAGCGGCCGCGGGACGGCGGCGGCGCCGAGAGGCAGGCGGGCGCGGCCAAGAAGAAGACGCGCACGGUCUUCUCGCGCAGCCAGGUGUACCAGCUCGAGUCCACCUUCGACAUGAAGCGCUACCUGAGCAGCUCGGAGCGCGCCUGCCUUGCCUCCAGCCUGCAGCUCACCGAGACCCAGGUCAAGACUUGGUUCCAGAACCGCCGCAACAAGUGGAAGCGGCAGCUCUCCGCGGAGCUAGAGGCGGCCAACAUGGCGCACGCGUCGGCGCAGACUCUGGUGGGAAUGCCGCUGGUGUUCCGGGACAGCUCGCUGCUGCGCGUGCCGGUGCCGCGCUCGCUCGCCUUCCCCGCUCCGCUCUACUACCCGGGCAGCAACCUCUCGGCCUUACCGCUCUACAACCUCUACAGCAAGCUCGACUACUGA